AUGGGCACCAUUGAGCAAAUUGUCGUCAAAGCCGAUUGGAAGGAUAUCGUUGCUCGCAAACGCAGAGACCAAGCCGAAGGAAUCAAAGCUUUUUUGGAGAAGCAUGGAACGAAACCUCACACCUGGAAUAUUGAUAUUUGUUCUUUGGAACAUGGCGCUUUACUGGAGGCGCUCACUACAGGCGAUGUCACAGCUGAACAUGUAACCUUGGCCUACAUCAAUAGGGCAAUUGAAUCUCAUAAAAAGACCAAUUGUCUAACAGAAAUUCUGUUUGACCGAGCUCUUCAACGAUCCCGAGAGCUCGAUGAACACUUCCGUCGGGAAGGCAAACCGAUCGGGCCAUUACAUGGAUUGCCGAUUUCUCUCAAAGACCAGUUCAAUGUCAAAGGUAUUGACUCUACCAUUGGCUAUGUGGGUAGAGCUUACUCUCCCGCGAGCGAGGAUGCGGUCCUGGUCACCAUCUUGACUCAGUUGGGUGCUGUGAUUAUAGCCAAGACAAACGUGCCACAAAGCAUCAUGAUGGCAGAAACCGACAAUCCCCUCUGGGGACUCACUGUAAACCCUAAUGAUCCUUCUUUCACCCCAGGUGGUUCCUCUGGAGGGGAAUCAGCCUUACUCGCAUGCAAGGGAUCGAUGAUAGGAUGGGGAACCGAUAUCGGAGGCUCUAUUCGAGGACCCAGCAGCAUGAUGGGCUUGUAUGGACUGAAGCCAAGUCAUGGUCGUCUCCCAUACUAUAAUGUCACUGUCUCUACUGAAGGACAGGAACAUGUUCCAUCCGUCAUUGGGCCCAUGGCUCGGUCAUUGUACUCACUUACCGAAGUCACCAAAGCGGUGAUUGACUCUCAGCCUGCGGUCCUGGAUCCACGAUGUAUUGAUUUGCCGUGGAGAUCGCAAGUUUAUGAGGAUAUCUUGUCCCGUCCGCUCACUGUCGGAGUUAUUUGGGAUGACGGUGUGGUGAGAGUUCAUCCUCCUAUUCGACGGGCACUUGAUGAUCUCGCCGAAAGGCUCAAGGCUGCUGGUCACGAGAUUAUAAGUUGGGAUCCGGUGGGCCAUGAAGAAUUCAUCAAGAUCCAGGACCAAUAUUAUACUGCUGAUGGAGGCGAAGAUAUUCGGCGUGAGAUUGCUGUUGGCAACGAACCAUUCCUACCUGACGUGAAAGCUCUUGUCGAACGCGGAGCCCCUAUUUCCGUGUAUGAGUAUUGGCAGCUGAAUCGCCAAAAGCUCAAAUGCAAGAAGAUGUAUCUUGAUCGGUGGAAUAACACUCGAGGACAGUCGGGGCGCAAGGUAGACGUUCUGCUUGCUCCAGUGAUGCCUCAUCCUGCGGUUCCACAUAACUCUUGUCGAUGGGUCGGUUAUACGAAAGUGUGGAAUUUCCUAGACUACUCGGCUCUUUCCUUCCCGGUCACGACAGUGUCAAAAGACAUAGAUGUUGCUGAUCCUUCGUAUAUUCCUCGCAAUCCAAAUGAUGAAUGGAAUUGGAACUUGUAUGAUCCGGAGAGGAUGGAUGGUCAUCCAAUCGGACUGCAGAUUAUCGCUGGAAACCUCCAGGAAGAGAAGGUUCUUGCGGCAGCCAAGGUUUUUGAAGAAUUACUUUGUAAAUAG